AUGUCAGAUCUUAAAAAUCCUCCUACUACAAAAAGUGGCUGGGAAGAUUUUAUAGCAGGCAGUUUUGCUGGGAUGGCUCAGGUUGCUGUUGGACAACCUUUGGAUACCAUUAAAGUCCGACUUCAAGUAAAUCCUGAAAAAUAUAAAGGUCCCACAGAUUGCUUUAUACAGACGGUUAAGCUUGAAGGACCUCUCGCGCUUUACAAAGGAAUGGCUAGUCCUUUAGUUGGUAUUGGAGCUGUAAAUGCGUUGCUUUUCGCUGCUUAUUCUCGUCUCAAAUCAAUCCAAACCAGCGCAUUAGAUGAACAACUUCCGCUUUAUAAGAUUGCAAUUGCUGGCGCCGGGGCAGGGGCGGUAAAUAGUAUACUUUCUUCUCCAGUAGAAUUAUUAAAAAUCAAGAUGCAAGCUCAAUAUGGAUCGAAUAAAGUUUCAAUUGGAAAUAGUGCUCUAAUUUAUAAAGGACCUGUUGACUGUGCUCGACAUUUAAUUCGUGAAUUUGGAAUAAGAAAUGGAUUGUUUAGAGGUUUUUGGGUCACUGUGGCUCGAGAAAUUCCAGCGUACGCUGGCUUUUACAGUGGAUUUGAAUUUUCUAAAAGAAAACUUACCCCCGAUAAAGGUAAUCCUAAUGAUUUACCACCAAGUAAAUUAAUGAUUGCUGGAGCUUUUGGAGGUGUUUCUUAUUGGUUGUGCUGUUAUCCGUUGGAUGUUAUUAAAUCGAUAGUUCAGAAUCAGCAUAAUCCUCCAAAAGGAUUAUUUUAUGUAUUUACAAUAUUCAAGACGAUUUAUAAAAAAGAAGGAGCUCAAGCAUUUACGCGAGGAAUUACGCCUACAAUUUUGAGAAGUAUACCAGCAGCAGGAGCUACUUUUACAGUAUACGAAUUAACCAUGAGGAUGUUUCAGUCAUACUGA